GCGUUUCAGAAAGCGCAGAAAACAUAACAACAAUUCUUCAUGAAAUGGGUCAAAGUGAGGAAAUAUCAUUCCAAAUCUCUUUCAGACAAUAGGUUAUGACUUUCUUUUAUCAUGUCCACUUCUACCAAGUACAAAUAUAAUAUUUCUUAACCCUAACUAUGCAGUUACAUGUUAUAUUUUAAUUAUUAACCAGUUUCAAACAUUAUAAAUGGGGAAAAAACUGUCCUUUCUCACCCUAUCGUUUACCUAUUGGCUCAAAGGUAUUUUUCUUAAUCCAUUAUCAAAAAAACUAGAGUCUGCCUCAAUCCCAGCAGCCGACGUGAACGUGAGACGCUCACAACUCAUCUUAUUGGCAGCGACCAAUGAGGGAUAGGGAAUACCCUCUCGUCCGUGGCUUCACUCCCCCCCCCCCUCCCCUCCUCCUCUCCCAUCCCAAUCAGUACAGUACAGGUCUGAACGUGCUCGGGAGCAAGCGAGUUCUUCGUUGAGUUGCUUUUAUUUCUAAAGAGUUUGCUGUUUUUCUGAAUGGGUGAGUGGUAAUGUUACUUGGUUUCACUGAAAGUAAUAAUCAGGUUCAGACUCAGUAGUGAUUUCCUAAUUACAAUCUGCAGUAAUCAACAACCAUGUCGACCGAUCAGUCGGACCCCUCUGCAUCACAAACUUCCAAUGUUCCUAACCUGGACCCAGAAAAUAUAUUUGAACUAAUAGGAGGGUCUGAUGCAGAUUUAGGUUUGCUAAAUGCACCACAAACCAGUAGUGGUACAAAAGAAACUUCUGAGGCUGAAGUAGUACUGCCAUGCUCUAUUGGACUGAUACGUGAAUACUCAGAGUGUACAGCCAAUGUUAAAAAGAAAUCCCAGCUCUUGCCCUUGGAACAAAAACUUCUGAAGUUGAGGACUAAUGUUACAUCUAUCAACAAAGUUUGUAGUAAUCAUUAUGAAGAAUUUCUGAUGAGAUACAAUCAAAGACAAAAAGCCUGUGGUGCAAAAUUAAAGUGUUCUGGAACACGAACUGGAGAUCUUCGCACUAUUGAUUAUGAAAAUUAUGAAAAUGCAAGACGUUAUUGUGAAUUUAAUCUUAUCCCAGGACAGCUAUGGUGUUUGACUUGUAGAUUGUAUGUUCGAAAAGCUGUUAAAACUGAAGAAGCUAAAAGAAAUAAGCUGAAAAAAGAAGCAGAGGAAUCUGGCCAAAAAUAUGUAGAACCCUUUGACCCGGGUUCUCCAAUAGUCAGUGAAAAUGAAAGUGAAGAGUCAAGCCAAGAUACCAAGAGUACUGUCACAAAUCCAUCACUGAGUCAGAAUGCUGAUGCUGAUUUCCCAACACCCCCUGAGUGUGCAAGAGAGAAACUAAACCUGGCAUUGGGUGUGUUUGGAAAGUCACCUGUUGAUACAAGAAAGUUUUCACGAUCCAAGACUUAUGCUACUGAGAAGUUAAAAGAAGUCCAGUCAGCGGUUACAAAAUCAGCUGCCACUUCAUCCAGUGUGAUACGUAGUGACAAUGUAAACAAAGAUUUUGAUGAGAUGAUAGAGCAGCUAGUAGAAAAAUUUAAUUCAGUAUGGACCACUAAUUCUGAAAAGUUUAUGAUAUUGUCAAUUUUACCUCCUAAUUGGACUCGGCAGAGAGUAAUGGAUACAUUUGGGUGCACUAAAUACUUGGCUCAAGCUGUUGAGAAAAAAGUGAAAAGUGAUGGUAUUUUAUGCACUCCAACCCCAAAGCAAGGUAAAAAGCUUUCUGAUGAAACAGAAAAAAAAGUUAUUGCUACAUAUGAAGAUGACAUGAACAGCCGUAUGAUGCCUGGGAAGCGUGACUACAAGAGUGUUAUUAUUGAUGGCAAACGGGUGCAAGUUCAAAAGCGGCUGCUCCUGCUAACAAUAAAAGAGCUUCAUCAAUUAUUUAUUGAAGAAUUCCCAACCUUCAAAAUUUCACUUUCUAAGUUUGCAAUGUUGAGACCAACUUAUGUCAUCCUUGCUGGGGCCUCAGGCACACAUUCAGUCUGUGUGUGUACUAUCCAUCAAAAUGUGAAGUUGAUGUUGCAUGGUGCAGGUUUGGAAGAUGGUGUAGAACUUGAAGAUGGUGAACUAGUUCAAGGUUUCAAAAAUUUGGAAGAGUGCAUGUCUUUAAUGCUGUGUGAAUCUCGAAGUGAUGAGUGUUUCUUCGGCACAUGUAAGCAAUGCCCUGGCACAAUGAAGAUUAGAGAGAGACUCGAUCAAAUUUUUGAUGCCAAAAUGAUAGAAACAGUUGAGUACAAACAGUGGACUGUAGUUGAUCGAUGUGAUCUCAUUACUGUGACGCAAGAUAGGGAUGAGUUCAUUGAUUUAUUUUUGGAAAAAAUGGAAAAACUAAUUGAACAUGAUUUCAUCACUAAUCAACAAGCCACAUUCAUGUCCAAAAGAAAAUCAACUCUACAGGAAGGUGAAGUAUUUAUAGUGGGUGAUUUUUCCAUGAAUUAUAAACCAGUCAUUCAAGAUGCAGCUCAAAGCUACCACUGGACCAAUGCUGGGAUUACUUUACACCCCUGGGUGUGUUACUUUUUAGAAGAUGGCAUCAUUAAGCAUAAAAGUUUCAUCAUGGUCUCUGACAACCUUCAUCAUGACACAGGGACAGUAUACGCUUUUCAAGUGAAACUUAUUGAGCAUCUAAAAAUAGUUUGCCCAACCAUGAAGAAGAUCAUCUAUUCAUCUGAUGGGGCAAGAAGCCAGUAUAAAAAUAAGAAGAAUGUGGCUAACUUGUGUCACCAUUUUGAGGAUUUUGGCGUGGAAGCUGAAUGGCACUUUUCAGCUACCUCUCACGGUAAGGGAGCUAGUGAUGGAGUUGGUGGUAGUGCGAAACGCUCUGCUUACAAAGAAAGCUUGAGAAGUCCAACUGAGGGACACAUACUCACUGCAGAAGACUUUGUAAAAUUUGUCAAUGAAAAACUUGAGAAGAUGACAGCGGUCUUUGUCUCGAAUGAAGAAGUGCAAGAGCAAAACCAGAAAUUACUAUCAAGAUUUGCUGCGGCAGAAGUAUUGCCAGGAAUUUCAUCUUUUCACUCCAUAAUCCCAGUCUCUUCAAAAGCUGUCAUAGUCCGAAGAUAUUCUUAUUCUCUGAACCCUGAAAGAAUUCAGCUUGUUCCAGAAGUACCAAGUUCUUUAGAUAAUUUAACAGGCUUUGUUACUAUCAUCUAUGAAAACAAAUGGUGGCUAUCUAAAAUUGCCUCUGUUGAAGGGACUACAGUAAAUGUCCGUAGACUGUACCCUGCUGCUUCAAAGAGAGGAUUCAAGUUUGUAGAGAGUGAUUCAGAUCUUAUUUCCCUCUCUCUAGAGGAUUUACUGGUGACACUCACCCCUACAACAAAUGACAACCUUUCAUUUAGCUUGCCUAAGCCCUCCAGAACUUUGACAGAGCAAACAUUUGCUUCUAAAUUACCUGCUACCAGCUCCACAAAUUCCCCUAUCCUGGGUACCACGACCAGAUUAAGAAAAAGGAAACGGCAGUAAACCUAAUCUGAUGCUCUAUGUUGAUCCAAAAAUUACUUUUUUGAAAUUUUUUAUCUUGUGGUAUUAAAACCUUUUGUCUGAAAGAGAUUUGGAAUGAUAUUUCCUCACUUUGACCCAUUUCAUGAAGAAUUGUUGUUAUGUUUUCUGCGCUUUCUGAAACGCUUUCCAUGUUUCAAAAAACCCCGUCCCAAUUUUUUGAUAUGUUUUAGUACUUACCUUGAACUAAAUUUUAAAGGUGGAAUAUUAAUUUUGGCUCAUGGGGCAAGGGCUAUAAAAAUAUAUUUUACCUAAAUGCCUAAAAAUUGUAGACGGGGAAAAGUAAGAGUGCUCGUAAAAAGUCUACCAGGGUAAUUUUAGUUUCUUCUUACCUUAUCGACUUGAUUCCAAUCCGUACCUGCCCCAGAAAUUGCUUUCACUUGAGUUUAGGAGAAUAUACGCUACUUAAUUGCUAAAAACACCUAAAAAAGCACAAGUUGCCAUAACUCAGCCAAUAAUUAAUAUAAAAUUAAACCCUUCAAGGUGAGUUUGUUUUGGACCAAAAACAAAAGAUUAAGACCAUUUUCACCGACACAAAAAAGGGCAAGGGUCAGCCAAUGUCUGGUUACGUAAAAUUAUGCUCAUUUGCGUUUCCAGUGUAUGCAAUCCCGCAACACUGCUGCGUAUUCACAGUUUCACCCAGUACCUGUCAAGGUAUUCAAGAUCUCCUACAUAGAAAGUUUAUUCAGUAACUAACGCAUACAUACAUGGGAUCGAUCGUGUGUAUUCAGUUAAUACUGUAACGUGUACGCACGCACUUCGGUUGCAAGAGUGUUCGUCAGCGCAUUUUAAAAACACGAGAAGUGUUCCUGCUGCUCCCACCAGCAGAGCCACAGCCACGCCCCCCGGCCUCCGGCCUCGGACAACCCGGACAAAAUUUGAAUGGAUCGUCUCGCGCGCGCAACGCAGGGUGGCUGGAAGGGGAGACGAAGCGAGUGGGAGGAGGAAAAGGGAGAGAGAAC